CUUCAAUUAGGCUUGCAAUAUACUUUUUUUUCUUUUAAAAAUGAAAACCAUGUGCCCUCUCACAUCAUGCUGAUUGUGACUUAUUCACAAUGGCAUUCCCUUUUUCGUGGCAGCUUCAAAUCGUCUCGGACCUUCACCUCGAGACAUCAGUUGUUGAACCGAGCUACGCGACCUUUAAUCUGCAUAUUCAGGCAGAAAACCUGUUUCUUCUCGGAGAUAUUGGUCUUGUCAAGGAUGAAGGCCUCUUUCAUUUUCUGGAGCGGCUGUUGGAAACGAAUUUGGGGGUGAAAAUUUUCUACGUCAUGGGCAAUCACGAGUAUCAUUAUCUCACUGUCGACGAGGCGAACCGAAAGAUGAGAGAAUUCGAGAUGAAUAUGAACGUGAAGCACGGAAGGAGAUUCAUCCUACUCGACAGACGGCGGUACGAUCUCAACAGCACGGUCACGGUUCUCGGGUGCACGCUUUGGUCACGCAUCGUCCCGGAGCAAGCCGCGUCUCUCCAAGAACGAUUGAAGGACUUCAAGGAGACCGCUGGGAUUCGAGGACGCACGGUCGAAAAACACAACGGAGAUCACGAGGCCGACCUGAGGUGGCUAAAUGAGCAAGUUUUGACGAUUUCAGAGGACGAGCCGCACCGCCAGAUCAUCGUCGUGACGCAUCAUAGCCCAAGCGUGGACGAGAGGGCGACCGCUCCAAGACACAGGAACAGCGCCACGACGUCCGGGUACGCGACGGAUCUGUCUUUGGAGGCGUGCUGGACGUCGCCCAGCGUCAAGAUGUGGGCAUUUGGCCACACGCAUCACAACGUGGAGUAUCAUGACGAGCGAGGCAAGCUCGUCGUCGCGAACCAAAGGGGCAGCCGCAAACCAGGAGAUACGUCGGCCUCCUUCCUCCCCGCAGCCGUCGUCGACACCUCGACUGUGCCAUACACCGCUCGGCGGAUCGUGCCGAAGACCUUGGAGAUGCGGUCAACUUUCGGCAGUGUUUGUCGUCAUGCGUAGAAGGAGUUCGAGAGGAACAAGGUUCGCAUGGGCCAGACGCCGCCAAGGAGGGAAGCUUUGGAAAGUUCAGUCGCACGUGAAGAUGGCGCGCCGCGACCAAAAAAAGAGUCGGACAGCCAACGUUGAAAUCUCAGUCCAUAGUUCUUUUCGAAUAGAAGUAGACGGCAUAAAUAGACUGUGCAAUUAUGUCUUAUCAUCUCAGUCCG